CGUCACCAUGUCUAACAGUUUCCGUGGUUACCGUACUAUUUCUCAGCACCUAAAUGACCUGAAGAAGGAGAACUUCAGCCUGAAGCUGAGGAUCUACUUCCUGGAGGAGAGGAUCCAGCAGAAGUACGAGGACAGUAGCCAUGAUGUCCACAGGAGGAACAUUGAGUUGAAAGUGGAGGUGGAGAGCUUGAAGCAGGAACUCACAGAGAAACAGGAGAUUCUGGACAAGGCCUUGUCGACGUCUGAGAGCCAGACCAAUCAGAAUGAGGAGGAGGAGCAGCAGCGUGGCUGUGAGGCGAGGCAGCAGGAGAUCAGCCACAUGCGGGAGAUCCUGGAAACCAAGGUCCAGCUGCUGCAGGAGGAGGUCCAGCUAGCGCGGGCCGAGGCUGAGGAGAUGGCCUCUCUAGCAGAGGAAGAGUCCCAGCGCUGCCUGGUCCUGGAGAGAGAGAUGAUGAUGAAGAUGGAGGAGGAUGAGGACGAGGAAGAGUGUAAGGGAGGGUCACUAGGAGCCAGGCUGCAGAAGGAGGCCUUGGCAGAGAAGGAGAGAAUAAUAGAGGAGCUGACUGAAGAAAGGAGGUUGCUGAGCCACAGGGUCGGAGAGCUGGAGGUCAGAGUUCAUGACCUCUCCUCUUCCCUCCAGAAGAAAGACAGCGAUGCAGAGUUGCUGCGGGGUGAGAAGAGUCGGAAGAAGAGCUGUGUCCAGCAGGAGAUGCAGAGGCUGCUAGAUGAGCAGCAAGGCAAGCUGUCGCAGUAUGAGAGUGCUGCAGGUCACUGUGUUAGUGAGCUCCAGAAGGCCCAGCUCCAGGUCCACUCUCUACAGGCCAAGAUCAGCGAGAGCGAGGCCAGGAACCAGAAGCUGCAGGUGCGACUGGGGGACAUGGAGUGUGAGCUGCGCUUGGUCAGAGAGGAGGCACAGAGACAGGAACGAAACGUCCUCAACCUCACUGACACUAUCAACAGCAAGGACACUGAGGCAGCAGAGUUGUACCGAGUCAUAGAGGAACAGAACGACAUGCUGUGUUCUCUCAAAGACCUGGCCAACAGAAACCAGGUCCAGACACGACAGGUGUCUGGGGCCGAGUCAGUGCGAGGGCAGGGGAAGGUGCUGGCCCUCCAGGGCUCUCUGUUCCAGGCCCAGCUGGAGCUGCAGGCAGGCCAGAGGGCCCAGCGGCAGGCUACCAGGAAGGAGGAGGACCUCACUAGAGCCCUGAUCCGCCUGGAGCAAGACCUGCAGGGGGCCAUGGAGCACAGACACAGCACUGACAGACACAACCAGGACUUGCAUCUGGCGCUGGAGAAAGUUCGCUCAGAGCUGCAGCAGAGAAAGGAACAGCUGAAUGAAAAGGAAGGAGAGAGACUUAGAGAGGAGGAGGACAUGGAGAAGACCAUCAGAGAGCUGAGGACCUCGCUUCAGAGCAAAGAGCAGCUUGUGCAGGAGUACACAGAGUUGUUGGACCAGCAACAGGGGCCCAAACUCCUCUCCAAACUGAAAGAGCGCAUCAAGGAGAGGGACAGAGCACUGGAGCGAGCGGUGGAUGAGAAGUUCCACUGUGUGGAGGAGAAGGAGGGAGAGAUGCGACGGCUACAGCUGCUGCUCAGAGAGAAGAAGAGAGACCUGGAGAGACAACGCUGUGUACUGUCCAACAACGAAGAGACCAUCAUGAGUCUGGAGGUGCUGGUGCGUGGGAAGGGUUUGGAGCAGGAGCAGGUGUGUGAGGCGUGGAGGAGUGUACAGCGCCAUCAUGCGGACAGUGAGGAGAGACACAGCCGCAGCUUGAGAGAGAGAGAUGCACUCAUCAGCCAGCUACAGAACGCCCUGCACACACGCACCAAGGAGGCUGAGGACCUGACUGGAGCCUUGCUAGGUAAGGUGAAGGCAGGACCCAGUGAGGUGGUGGAGGAGCUGAAGGCUCGCCUCUCUCUGAAGGAGAAACUGUUCCAGGACCUGCUGUCCGACCGUAGCCGCCAGGCCCAAGAGCACCACACACUGGUUCAGGACCUGCUCGACACCAUCAGCACCAGGGACCAAUACAUCCAUGACUCAGCAGGUCGUCUGGGUGAGGUGAUGAGUGAGCAGACUGUACGUCUCCAGGAGCUCCGCAGACAGCUAACUUCUGGCUCCCAGGCCUACGGGUCUCAACUAGACCUCCAGGGUCCAGACCUCCAGGGUCCAGACCUCCAGGGGACCAGCCAGAACUUCCAGGCCCUGCAGGAGGAGCUGCGUCUGGCCCUGAUGAGGGAGAGGGAGGCCCAGGCUGAGAUCACAGCCCUCAGGACCAUGGCAGGCCAGACAGACAGGCCAGUCAACAGGCAGGCAGAGUUUGGAGAAUUCAGCUCAGAGGAAGAGGAUGAUGUCAACAGUGACUAUGCAGACAGCAUGGAGGAAGAGGAGUCCAAACUGACAGCCCAAACCCUAGCCACAAUGCAGAACCCAGAGCUUCAUGGAGGACCUGGGAAAGGGAAGCUAUCCCAGGAUCCUGUGGGAGAGGGCCAGGGGCUGGUGGAGGUGAAACACCUGGUGCAACAGAAGAGGGUGGUGGAGAGAGAACUGCAGGAGCUAAAGGUUCAGCUGGAAAAGGCUGGCUUCUCCUCCCUGUCCCAGAUGAGGAAAGCCCUCUUCAGCCUACGCAUGGAAAAUAAGGAGCUGAAGUCUCACCAGACAGAGAGACAGCCAGAGACAGACCUUAGGCAUGAACAGAUUCUUCAGGAGGAAGAGGAGGAUGAAGAAGAGGUGGAUGAGGAGGAAGAGGAGGAGGAGCUGUGUGGGUCUGAGCUGUGGGAGUCCUGGGAUGAUGAGUGUCCGUCCCAGGGGAAGUGCUGUGCCCCCAGGCCCACCCUGAGAGACCCUGGCCUGGGGAGGAGACACUGCACUAGGCCUGUAUCUCUGGACCCGGGAGCCAUGCUGUCCCACUCCACACAGGAUGAGGAUGAUGAGGAGGAGGAGGCAGGAAGAGAGGCUGGAGGCAGGCGGCACAGCGCCACAGAGACAGUUAUGGUUGAGCAGGCUGUAUGUCUGCAGCUAGAGAGCAAGGAGCUGAAGGAGAGACUCAUGGUGUCUGAGGCCACAGUGCAGGCCCAGGCUGAACAGCUCAAAGACUAUAGAGACCUACUAACAGAGACAUCAGUGCAGCAGGACAGUAAGCAGGUCCAGGUGGAUCUCCAGGAUAUGGGUUAUGAGACGUGUGGCCGCAGUGAGAACGAGGCUAACAGGGAGGAGACCAGCAGCCCAGAGUUUGACGAUCUGGAGAUGUGCACGUCUCUGGAGUGCGGCGGCUCUCGGUGGUCAGGCACUGUGCAUCCUGGGAAGGCCGGCCCUCCAACAUCAACCUCAGAAGCUGACAACAUGACAUCUCUCCAGCGAUUGGUUGAGGACCUUCGCUCGCAGCUCUCCCGCUCUCAGACAGUGAUCCAGAGCCUCCAGGGCCGCCUGCACUCUCUUUCCACCUCCAGCGAACUCUCCAUCGGCCCCUCCAUCCCCCGCAAGGUCAACUGGGGAGUCCAGUUCCAGGCCAAGCCCUCACAGAGCGGCCCAGAGGAGGACGAGGGCUGGGAGUCGUCUGGUGGUGGUCUGGGGUCCUCGCCGCGCCACCCCAAACCUGACAAGGACCUCCAGGAGCUGGUGUCCCGUGUGGGAGCCCUGGAGGACCAGCUGAGAAAGGGCAAGGAAACCCCAAGGCCCACCGAGGUGGGCAAGGCUACCAGCUGGCCUGGGCCAGAGAAGUUUAACACUCUGAUCCAGGCCCAGGCCCGUGAGCUGUCCCACCUGCGCCAGAGGAUGCGUGAGGGGCGCGGGGUGUGCCACAUCUUGACCCAGCACCUGGGUGACACCACCAAGGCCUUCGAGGAGCUGCUUCGUGCCAACGACAUAGACUACUACAUGGGCCAGAGCUUCAGAGAACAGCUGGCACAGAGCAGCGCCCUGGCACAGAGAGUCAGCACCAAGAUCAGCGGACGAGACCAUCCCGAGAUUCCUGACGACAAGACUGGCACAGAGUUGCUCGCCAUACGGCUGAGUAAGGAGCUCCAACAGAAGGAUAACGUGAUCGAUUCUCUCCGCGCCAAACUCACCCAGCAUCAACCUCGUUCUGACACACCAUGCAGUAGCCACGCCCUCUCUGACACCACCGACCAAUCAGACCAGAUCUCCUUUGUGUCCGAUGAGCAGGGCUCCACCAAUGAGGAUCUGGAGCCGUGCUCAGACAUUGACGCGGCCAGUGAGUAUGGCCAGGAGGCCAGACAUGCCUCCACUAGAGCCAGUACAGAUUCUCACUGUAACAGUGUCCCCAUGUCACGCCACCCCUCCAUCCCUCCUUCCACCAGUUCAUCUCACGGACACCAGUCCUCCAUCAGCUGUCCCAGCCUGCAGCGGUCAGCGGACACACAGACACAGACAGACCUCUACAGUGGACCAGUGUCCAGUUCUCUCCCCACCCAUCCCCAUCCCCAGUCCCAGCCCCAGUCCCAGCCCCAGUCCCAGCCCCAGUCCCAGCCCCAGUCCCAUCCCCGCUACCACUCCGACCUCUCCUCUCAGAGAGUCCCCUUGUCCUUCAACCUCCAAACUGCAACCCUGCGACCCCGUUACCAUGGAAGCAGGCCUGGGGCCUUCUCCCUGGCAGAGGUUCACCAGGAGCUGCAGAUGUUACAGAGACAGCUGGGAGAAACUGAGCGUUUUUCCGUUCCUUCAGUCAAGCCGUUUGGUGGCUUCCCCAUGUCGGCCCACCCCCACCCACAGACAGACCCCUCCAGUUACAUGCCCCAGCCUCUAUCCUACCACACCUUCCACCCCGUUGGUCUGAAUGCUAGCCUCAAUGCUAGCCCUGCCAUGAAGGCAGGCGCCAGCCUCCUGGAGAGCAGUGCAAUGUGGGACAUGGCCUACGGUGCUCGGUCAAUGAGAGUUGGCACUGCCAAUUUGUCAUCAGGGUCGUCAGGUUACCAGUCUGGCACCAGCCUUACAGGUUCUGACCUGAUUAAAGAACACCUGAGCGAGAUCGGGAGUCUACGUCAACGCCUGGGGGAUUCCAUCCAGACCAACGACCUCCUCCGACAGCAGCUGGAGGAGGGACUGGUCAACCAAGCCACAGGUGCUCCCACCAACAUCUACAUCCAGGGCUUGGACUCUAUCAGCCAGCUGUCCAGUGAGAUCAGAUUUCUGAAAGUGGAGAACCUCAGCCUGCAGGACCGACUCCAACAGGCCAGCAGAGACGGGAGUAAGGAGGGGGAGCAGCUGCGCGAGGCGGUGCUGUUGGGCCGUGCCCGUGUGAAGGAUGCGGAGUUAGAGACUGAGCGGUGGGCGGAACAGGGCAGGAGGCUGUACACGCAGACACAGGCUCAGACCCUGGAGAUCACUCAGCUGAAACAGGACAGGCAGAGCAACCAGGAGACCAUCAACAGGUUGCAGCACGAUGUGAAUGUCAAGCAGCAGCAGUUGUGUGAGAGCCGUGGCCUGGCCCACUCUCUACAGUAUGACCUCCAGAUAUACCACAGAGAGUGUGGCGUCCCCAAGAACACAAACACAAGUGAGGGGUCCCACUCGGGCGAGUCUGCAUCCUUUGACCCCAGGGACCUGCAUGUUCAGCUAGGGCAGCAGUUGACUUCUGGGACACGACCUCCUGGAGCCAGGAUACAGCUCUUCCACGACCCUGCUCUCUCUACCCCUGUCCGAGACACUGGACUCUUCAGCCCUGCUUCCCCUCUCUCCCUCACACUGGAACCCCGGAAGGUUGACUUUUCUCUUGAGGGCCAGGCUCCAGACGGACCCUUCGCAAACCGUAAUGGCCACCAUGUUGUGGGCCACGUGGAUGACUUCAGCGCCCUGCAGCAGAAGAUCCUGGAGGGGCGUGUCCUCAUUGGAAAGAUGGAGGCUGCCCUCCGGGCCACCGCCAACCACGCCCUGCUGGAGCUCAGCCUGGACAAGCCUGUGGACCCUGGCUGUGUGAGGAGUAUGCUGACCUGCUCUACGACCCUGAGGAAGAUCCUUGAGGAUGCCAGCUCCCUGCUCAGAAUGUUCUGGAGGGCAGCACUGCCCAAUAGUGAGGGGUCCACUCAGAGCACCAAGACGGAGCUGUCUCUAAAGGAGGUCCACACGAUGCGUCAGCGGAUCUCAGAGCAGGAGGAGGCUCUAAAGGACGCCAUGGAGAGACUAAAAAGCUCCAACCGCACCAAAGACAGUAUAGAACACUUCAUCGUCAGUCAACUGUCAAGAACAAAGGAUGUCUUGAAGAAGGCACGGACAAACUUAGAGGUGAAAACCCAAGAGGCUUCUGUGAGCUCACCCAGUCUGCUGGUUGGGGUAUCGUGAAACACCAGAUCCAGGCUCCAUAAUCCAGGACCCCUACAGUCCUGUGGCCUAAUACCCAGGGUCUGACCCAUGGGGUUGACGUACCGCGUUCCCUACAGGCAGCUUCUUUGUGAUGCACCAGCUCCAACUUCCGCCUAAUACUGGGAGACAGGAUACUUCCUGUUGAAACACGGGACAUAAUCUCAGGUUUCUGGUUAAAUAAGGAGAACACUUUAGUUGAGGGGAGACUGUCUGAUAGUCAGUAGGGGUUCAGCCAGGUGCUCUCUGUGAUGCUGUUUUAUGCCAAGCGGAAUAGUGAUUAAUGAAUGUUGACGACUGUCUUAUGUCAGGUGUUAUGUAUAGCUCAUGUAGGUGUUACGAAGGUACCUCAACUGAAGUGUUUCCCCUAUUUUACCUGAGACAUAUAUUAUGUUUUGAGCUCUAUAUGAAACCUCUUCAAGGAUCCUAUGACAAUCAACCUUGAACAAGCCAGGAAUAGAGGCUUUUAAAAAGCCAAACUAGACUAAAGUGCUUCCUUUUUGCUUCUAACAAGGCAAGUUUGUAAGUGUGUGUAUGUGUAAAGUAGUUGCAUGUUGUUUGAGGGGGAAAAAAGCCAUAUUUAUAGAUGUUAGAUACCCUGUUUCGUACGAUACUUCGUCUGCCAUUGAAAUGGUCUGUUACUGAUGUCACAAGAUGUAAACACUAUUCAGAUUUUAAAGACCCUAUGGAUGGGUUGACCCUAGAACUGUCUUCCUGCUGAACUGCUCGAACCUGUAACCAUACUAAAGAUGUAAAGAUUGUUCCCAGCUUUAAAUCUAGUCUCUCGACCUAAGUCCUUAAAGCAGGCGGCAUACUGCUGCCAGCUGCAAUACAUUCAACUAUGACCUGCUGAUGUAUCCCAAUGACCUAUUUAAGAAAGUGACAGGAGCAUUUGGUGCUUGGUCCAAAAUAAGUUGUAAUUUUUUAAAAUGUUUGAUUUUAAACAGAAAUGCCUCGGAGGCGAAUGGACCACACAAUGUUUUUUUCUCCAAAUUUGUAAAGUUGUUUUAAUUUGGGCUAACAUUUAAACCCUUCUAAGACAAAAAAAAUGUCAAUAUUAUUUUGAUUUGAUUUUUUUUAUUCUGUUAUGGUAACCAUAGAUGUUAUUUUCUAUUAACAAAAUCUGUGACAAUCAUCAGCAGGAUAUGUGAAAACUUGGUUUCUUACACUGAGAUAUGCAAAGCUGUAUCUGUAUAAGAUGUACUGUAUGUACAUAAUGGCAGGGGCGUACAUUAAAACAGCUUUUUUUGUGUCAGGAAGAGGGGGUCAGGGGCUGAAUUAAUUUUUUAUGCAUGUGUAAUAUAUCAAAUCCAAUUUUAUUUGUCGAAUACCGUGAAAUGCUUACUUACAAGCCCUUGUUGUUUUAGGGAGAAGCUUUUCAAUAAAACGGGACUAAAAUAUGAA